ACACUCCUACUCUUCCACUGGCGGCCACCAAGCCAUGCAAAUAUCUUCCAAAAUUUGAAAGCUCCAAAUUUUCACCGUUGUGACCCCUCCCAUCUUCCCCUUCCUCCCACCAAACCCAAACCCCUCUUCCUCCAAAACCCAUAUGAAUUCUCUGCUCUCUUCCACAACUAUCAAAUUCUGCAACUCUGCAACAACCCAAAACCAACCCAAUUGAUUGAUUUGCAAAAAGCUCAAAACUUUCCCACUUUGCAUUUUGCACAUUGCUCAAGUUGCUUUUUCAAUAAGCAGCUUACCCAAUUGGAGAUGUUGGCUUUAGAAAUGGCUCGAGAUGGGUUGCUGGUUCCAGUGGAGAGCACCCAAACUGCAGCUCAAUCCUCUGCUGCUAAGAAAAAGACUGCAGCUUUGAGAAGCUGGAUUUCGCUGGACCAAGAUGGGGAAGGAACCGUAUUGGAUUUGGACAAGUACGCCAUUAUCCGCAGAGUUCAAAUUCACGCUAGAGAUCUUCGGCUUCUUGAUCCCUUGUUAUCAUAUCCUUCUACCAUCUUGGGUAGAGAGAAAGUGAUUGUUCUAAAUUUGGAGCACAUUAAAGCUAUAAUCACAGCAGACGAGGUAUUGCUUAGAGAUCCUUUUGAUGAUAAUGUACUGCCUAUUGUUGAGGAACUUCAAAGACGUUUGCCUCUAGUAAGUGCCAAUUUCCAAGGCCAAGGAGAAGAUGAAGAAACCUCAGGGGUACAGAAGGAUGUUGAAACCGAUGAACUCAAAUUUCCAUUUGAAUUUCGGGCAUUAGAAGUUGCACUAGAAGGUAUUUGUAGUUUUCUUGAUGCGCGCACAAGAGAACUAGAGACUGAUGCUUAUCCGGCUUUAGAUGAGCUGACUUCCAAGAUUAGCAGUCGGAAUUUGGAUCGGGUGCGUAAAUUGAAGAGUGCAAUGACCAGGUUGACAAAUCGGGUUCAAAAGGUAAGAGAUGAACUCGAACAACUUCUUGAUGACGACGAUGACAUGGCCGACCUUUACUUAUCAAGAAAGCUGGUUGGGACUUCACCUCUCAGUGACUUGGGUGCUCCAAAUUGGUCUCUCGCCUCACCUACCAUAACUAUAGGCUCAAGGGUGUCCAAAACAAGCAGGGCAAGUGCAGCAACGACAGCCGAGGAGAAUGAUGUUGAGGAACUUGAGAUGUUGCUUGAGGCUUACUUUAUGCAAAUUGAAAGCACAUUGAAUAAAUUGACCACGCUCCGUGAAUACAUUGAUGACACAGAGGAUUACAUUAAUAUCCAGCUUGACAAUCAUCGAAAUCAGCUAAUUCAGCUAGAGCUGUUCCUAAGUUCUGGAACUGUUUGUUUGUCUGUAUAUUCUCUGGUGGCUGCAAUAUUUGGCAUGAACAUCCCAUAUACUUGGAAGGAAGGUCAUGGCUACCUAUUCAAAUGGGUGAUCAUCGUCACGGGGGUAGUUUGUGCCUCUCUUUUCUUGUUCAUAAUCUCAUAUGCUCGGCACAAAGGUCUUGUUGGAUCUUGAUCUCCCUUUCCUUGUUCAUACCAUUAUGAUCUGUUGGGAAGGAUGUAUACAUAGUAGAGCAUGCAAUUGUCUUCAUGUAUUGUUUAUGUACAAAUACAGACAAAACCUGUUCAAGGGGUUUACUUGUAGUUAGCAAUUUAAGACACUGAAAUAAAAAAGUUUAAUGUAAUGAUUAUGUUGUGGAAA